AUGUUGAAGAAAGCAGAAGAACUAUUAACAGACGUAGAACGAGACGUUGCUGAACAACUGCUAGAAGUACACAGAAAUAAUAUAAUUGCUUCGUAUAUACCAAGGUCUGAAGGUGAAUUAGCGAAAGUUGAAUAUAAUAAAGCGAAAAAAGCAGAAGAACAGGAAAAAAAUAAAGGUAAAUAUGGGGCAGAUAGAAAAAGACUUAGUCGUAAAACUUUGGCAUAUAAACACCAACACGUCAUUGAAGAAGCUCUGUAUGUUGAUAUCGACAAAAAAAGUCGUUAUGAAAGUAGAGUUGUAAUCAAAUUACACCCAUACGAAUACCCAGAAGACCACCCAAGAAAAGACGGACCAAUUACUGCAAGCAAAGUUUAUGACUGGUUGGCAGAAGGAACAGACGGUGGUGGACGUUAUUGGUUUACAAACGAAAAUGGAAAGCGACCUACGGCGUAUAAUUAUCCUACACCAAAACACGACUUUGAAGAACAUACCCAAUUACAAAUGAAAGGAAUGAUACAAGCUAAGUUAAUGGAAAUCGAAGGAUUAGACGCUGGUAUCAUAGUAUCUCAAGAAUUGGUUGAAGAAGUUAUCGGUUAUCUUUCAACAAAGGGCGGUACAUUGAAACAAUUUGACGAUUAUUUGGACGCAAUAUGUGAAAAGUUAGGUGAAUUGAGAUUUAGACCUACAACACAAGAUAGUCCGAUUACACCUGACACAGGAUAUCGUGAAUACGCAAGAGUACAAGUUGCCACACUUGGUACAGCGCUAUAUUAUAGCACAGAUAAAGUUGGAACAUUCAUCGGAAACAAAGGUGAAUAUACAGUUGAAGCUGAAAAAACAUUAAAAGAAAUGAUUGAAGGUUUAGGAUAUACUAGAGUUCACGGUUUAGCUAGUACACCAGAUUUUGGUGGACAACCAAAUACAAUAGAUACAACAACUUUAGAUAAUACUAAAUCAGAGACUUCAGUUUUAGGUUUACAACCAGCUGCAGAAGUAACAUAUGAAAUCAAUAUGAUGACAUUUGCUGACGUACCAUCAGGAGAAGAACACAACCUAAGAGGAAUUAAGAAGAUGGAAACCGACGAAACACCAGCUCACUGGGUAGUUGUUAAAGCUUCAGGUGUUAUAAUCGAAUACGACGCUAGAACAUACAUUAGCUACACAGCAGACGCUCAACAAGAUAUUGAAAAAUUCAGUAUUUAUCACGACCUUAAAUCUGAUAUAGCAGUUUCUUUACCAAAAGAAGCUUAA